GUGUAGCUAUACAGUGUGUUUCUAGUGAAUUGUAAGUGCGUUUGUUGGUACUUUGAGGUGUUGCAUGGUGGCAGUAUCCAAGGUGAUGUGGCAAAGCUAGGUUCAAUAAUUUCACAGUCUUGACCAAUAUAACAGGUUCGGGAGAGUGUUCCAAAUUGAUAUGGACGGUAAACUGAACAAUGGUUUUGGCAUUUUGUAAGCACGAGCGAUAAUUUGGAAGUUAUCAUUGAGUCGGUAGGCUUGUGUGUGGGUGGGGUUAAUUCACAGUACAUAAUCUCGAGAACAUUAAGAUGAAAAUAAUGACAAAUAUUUAAUGUGAUUCACAGUAUACGUAGAGGUGAAUGACAUUGGGCAACCUUGCUUAUUGUAGGCAACAUUAAUGUGAACCUUUGAGUGUGGGUGUGGGAGUAGUUUUUGUGGUUUGUCUGUUAUUUGUAUUUAAAGGAGAGACGGAGAGCUAUGAUCAAUAGGAUUGUUGUAACUUACUGCUAGGGAUUCUCUCUCUUAAAACACCAUCCAGUCCAUCUAAAUUUACCUUAGCAUAGUCUAAGUCAUGAAUAAUAGUGGUGUUAAAAUACAAAGCCAGCAUCUCACUCACACAAUGCAAUGCUGGCAGACAUACCUACAGACGACCCCCGCACGGAACAGCAACGACUUAUGUGCCUCAGACAGUCAGUUCUCCUACUGCUGUGUCAAUGGUAUCCCGAAGCAGCGCAUGUGUGAUGGCUUCAAUGACUACUGCAGUAACGGAGAGGAUGAGUUUGUGCAGCUGUGUGGCACUGACGAGUGCCGGGAGAAGAAUGUCGGGUGUGAGCCCCUGUGCAUUAACACUCGAGAGUCAUACUACUGCCAGUGCCGGCCAGCAUACUGACUCGUCAGGAAGUUCAACUGUGAAGGUGAGGCCUGGACUGUCACUGUCACUCUACGGUGUGUCUUCUUAAACUUCUCAGUCCUUCACCUCUACAUUUAGCAACCUAAAGAAGUUAUUAUGGUAUUCAAGGGUACUUUUGUUAUUCUUGGCAUACAUGAACAUGCAUUUAGUCUCACGAGUAUGACUAAGAUCAGCGAUUUGCGGAUAGGUUGUUCUUUAUGAUUAAGUAUAAUUUUAUCUUCCCAUAUGCAUUUCUUAUUAGUGAUGUAAUUUUUGUAGUUUUCCUUAACGUAUUCCUGAAUAUUUAUUCCUGAAAUGCGUGUAAAUCUCUCGUUACUCCCUCUUUUUUAAUCUCUGUCCUUAACUUCUAUUAAAUCUGUGUUUCUGAGUGUAUUUCUCCACACUCAGACGUUGACAAGUGCGUGGAGUCGCCCAGAUCCUCUCCAUGCGGGACCAUCCAUUUUCAGUGUACAGAUGUUUGUCGGGUUCCUGAAGAUGCGUCGACGUUAUAUCAUCCACACAAGCUUCCCCAACCCACCCAGUGUACCACAAGACAACAGGCACUGAGGUGGACAGGAGCGCGCGGCUGCAUGCACCAUUGAACAGGACGGUAUUAUAUUCCUCCCUGUAUGACUACAGCGAAGCAAGCCCAGAAUGAAGUGUUGAGUGACCAUGAUGUGAGUAUUGUGGUUUGCACAUUACACUUUUAUCUCCACGUGUCUCAUUUUAAAAGGUUUUGAACUUUUCUUGUUAAUUUUUUUUUCAGGACUUAUUACUGUUGACGCCAUUUCAAUAUUGUUCCAAAUCUUGUUCCAGGAUUCAGUACUACUAACACCAAAGAAGUGAGGGAAGUGUUUGGAGUGAGCGUGCAAGACAUACAACAGCCACGAGAUUGCUACUGCCGGUGUAGCCAAAGGAACAAGAGCAGCAGGAGAAGGAGGAAGAAGAGGGUGAUUCUUGUAUAACGUACCAGUGAACUUCUGAAGGAGAGAGAGAGAGAGAGAGAGAGAGAGAGAGAGAGAGAGAGAG